AUGUCCAAAACCCUGCCCUCCAUUCAGGCCCAUCGUCCUGCCUCUGUGGAAAAAAGUUACGCCUACUCCCGCUCCUCUGCCCGCGGAGCAGGGAAUGAGGAGCAUCAUCGCUACUACGCGUCCUCGGCGCGUGUGCGCUCAGCCAGUCCAGGAGCCACGGUCGACUCCCAGUUCAUCGGGCUUUCAACGUUGCCGCGGCUGCCACAGGUAGAGUUCUCGCUGGGACCCAUCCAGGAGCGCGUCAUUCCGCCCUACAACGACCUGGAGGACCCACACCUGGUGCCGUACUGGGCACGGAAAGAGAUGUUGAUUCACGAGCGCGCCGAUCAGCGCCGCCGCCUGCGUCGCCAGGAGGAGAUCGAGCAGCAGCGCAAGGCAGCAGCCCGGCGCCGCUUCCUCCAGCGUCGUCACCAGGAGCGGGAACAAAUGGCGUCCCGGAGGGGCGAGCAAAGCCGUCAGCGAGAAGAGGAGCGUCACUCGAUGAUUCCCAGCACGUCCAAGAACUCGCGGCGUGUGCCGACGAAGCCGUCGACCGAGCGCAAGAGCGGUGCCGCGGCAGGCGGACGAUCCCGUCAGCAGGCGGCAGCAGCGGCAAGUCACCGCUAUUAUGAAGCAGGCAGCGAGUUGUACCCGGUAGAUAUGGAAGAACGCGCGGCUGGCGGCUUGCCCGCAGACCAUGAAUACGUGACAAGCUCCUCGUCAGCGGCCACAAGUCAGAGCGCUUCCUCCCACAGCGAUGCUGCUAGCAGCCACGGAAGCCCCCGUCGCGACGAGGGGCACUACACUGAAGAGGACAGAGCUGCGGUGCCUGCAGCGCCGGAGGCGGCUGACGAGGAGGGGACGUACCUUGACGAGGUCCGCUACCCCACGGAAGACGCGGAGGAGGCGGAUGCGGUGAAGGAAGCCGCCUCGCGCUCCAUCAGCUCGAGGUCCCCCUCGGAUUCCUCGUCCUCGUCCUCCAGCGAUCACCAGUGGUCCGACCACGAUCACGCCGCGGAGGCGGCGAGGGAGCAGGCAAAGGCGGAAGCGCGCGCGGAUGCACAGGCGGAGGCACAAGCACAUGCAGGGGAGAAGUCAGAAGACUCCUACGGCAAUGAUGACUUCGAGCACAAGGUGUCGUCGUCGCGCCACCAGUCGUCGGCGGCUGCGUCGUCCAAGUCUUCGUCCGCUGCUGCCUACUUUCUCCCUCACAGGGAGGAUGGCAAUGCGGAGGCCCUCCCGGAACAGGAGGCGGUCCACCCGCUCGAGGAGACGGAACAGGAAGCCAAGGAGGUGUACAGCGAUGACGCGUUUGAGAAGACCUCCGCCUCCAGCGAUGCCGCUGUCGAUGCGGCGGGUACGCCUGCGGAUCUGCUGCCGCAGCAGCCGGCGUACACGGAUGAGGAAGCGAACGAACCGCCAGCCGCCGACGAGGUCAACGAAGCCGCCAAGUCGGACGCUUACGAAGAGGACAGGUUCGAUGACGACGAGCCGUCCUCUUCGAAGAAGGCCUCGCAUGACGCCUCAGACGCUGCUGUGCCACCGGCGGAAGAGCACGAGGACCAGUUGGAGGCCUAUCCAGAAGAUGCGCAGUAUGAUGCAGAGGCUUUGACGGCCACCGAGGAUGUGAAGCCAACGGAGGACGAGGACGAGGACAAGUACAGUGAGGACGACUUCAAGGAUGAUGUCGUGGACAGUGCCGCCGCGGUGCAACCGCAGUCAUACAAUCCGCCGGAUGACGCCACCCAGGACGAAGACGACGCUGUGAAGGCCAAGAGCGACGUAGCCGACGACGCGUACGAUGAGGACGACUUUGAGGGUGAACUGCCCUCCAAGAAGUCGUCGGCGGCCUCGUCCGCUCCGCGAUCGCCAGCCGCGGGAUCGAGGAAGAGCGACGUCUCGGACGCUGAUGUGCCACCGGCGGAAGAGCACGAGGACCAGUUGGAGGCCUAUCCAGAAGAUGCGCAGUAUGAUGCCGAGGCUUUGACGGCCACCGAGGAUGUGAAGCCAGCGGAGGACGAGGACGAGGACAAGUACAGUGAGGACGACUUCAAGGAUGAUGCCGUGGACAGUGCCGCCGCGGUGCAACCGCAGUCAUACAAUCCGCCGGAUGACGCCACCCAGGACGAAGACGACGCUGUGAAGGCCAAGAGCGACGUAGCCGACGACGCGUACGAUGAGGACGACUUUGAGGGUGAACUGCCCUCCAAGAAGUCGUCGGCGGCCUCGUCCGCGCCGCGAUCGCCAGCCGCGGGAUCGAGGAAGAGCGACGUCUCCAAGGAGAAUGUCGAGGACCAGUUUGAAGCGGAGCUCUCCCCGAGGAAGGCGUCCGAUGCGGAGCACAAGCGGAAGGGGUCAGCGAUGUCGUCGUCGGCUGUCGUGUCGUUGCCGAUGGCGCAGUCUGCACCGUCCGCGCUCUCCUCGUCCAUUUCAAACUCGGAGGUCGUCCCUGCCUUGGACUCCGCUGUCACACCUGCCGCAGAAAUGUCCCACAAGAACAGCGAAGCGGCCAUGGACGUUGAGGAGCUGGGCAACGGUGCCAACGAUGCCUACGCAGAUGACUUCAAUGAUGAUAUGUAG